AUGGAGGACUUUUCGCAAGCCAUGGGGGUGGUGAACGCUCCUGCGGAUGCUGGCGCUCCAUUUCAAGACGAGAGCAGCAAUGCUGGCUUCGGGGAUAUGGAAGUCAGCGCAGCUCCUCCUCCUCCUGGUCACGAGGUAGAAGGAACGGGGCUAGACAUGGCGGCAACCAUCGGGCUGGGAGUGAAGAGCCCUAUGGCCCUUAAGAUACAGCAGCCGCAUGCAAGACUGUUCGACAAGAUCAUCAAGCAGCUCUUCAAGCUUCAGAUCAAGGCCGAUGCUAAGGAGCACCUGAAAGAUCUCUCAAGGUCCUUCUUAGCUGCCUUCCUCCACCACGAGCAGCUGGGAAGGUCUUUGGCUGAGAAGAACUUCGUCAAGAUCAUUCGCUAUCUUGUGCCUACUAAGGCCACCAACUUCGGCGAUCGAUUGCGAAAGGCUGGCUGGGAACCUCCCGAGGGUAUCGAAGUGAGAGUGGAACUGGCGCCAAUGAAGAGGCAGGUGCAGGAGCUCUGCGAGGGCGUUUCGGACAUAGACAAAGAUGGCCUCAAGAGACUUUAUUCAGUGGUUGCACAUUUCCAGGAAAGGCUCAUCCGACAUGUUCAGAGCUGCGCUAACAAUGAGUCUCUCAAAGUGCUGUCUCUGGAAUGGGUCAGGGGGAAGGCCUUGCUUUACAUUUCCGACGAGGGCUUUAAACCACUUGUGUGGCUCGCAAGCCCCGAAAUCGAAGAGGCCUCCAAGUCUUUUGCUAUACCUGUGAACCCAGUCUGUCCAGUGCCUCAGAAAUUCUCCUCUACCGAAAUGAUCAUCCCACCUUUGCCGAGGAAACUACGUUCAAACGCGCACUUGAAACUUGUCGACAGGACUGCGAAAAGAAUUCUGACCACGCAAAUUUCCAACGAGGCUACAGACUCUUUGAAGAGUAUUGUAUACAAUUUGUUCCUCAACUUGAUGAAGCAUAGAAUCACGGACAUCAAUAACAUGCAGGAUAACCUGAUUUCAGUCAUUGGGCCAGCAUUUUCAGGACCAAACGCCGUUUCUGAACUCACUACAUUCUUUCAAACCUUUGGGCUUCCAUUCGACUCAAGCACUGUCCAGGUUGAUGCCGAAGGCAAGAUAGUGUCAAACCCGAGCAUCGUUCCAACCGCAGCCGAGCCAUACAAGGAGUCUGACUUCGAAGUAGGGGAGUUGGAUGAUGGAGACGUCGAUGCACAGUCAGACAUUGACAUGAAUGAGGUCAAGGAGACAAGCGACACGGAAAAAUAUGCAAUUCUAUCGGAUGGGGAAGACCUGAAAGUCGUUCUUCUUUUGAGCUCGUGCAGAAGACUUCUCAAAGAUUUAGCAAUCGCCGAAUCUCCAUCGCAGGGCAAGAUAUACAUCGAAACUAUUUUCAACUUUGUGUUCUUGUUUUUGUGCAAGCUUCUACGCUACGUUCAAUCCAAGGCCCAAGAAGAUAACCUCGACAUCGUAAAACUUGCCUGGCUCAAGCAGAAAGGAUUGCCUGCAGUUGGAAAUGAGGAAUUCAAACCUUUUCUGUAUCUUGUUGGCGCUGAGAAGACGAGCCAUGGUGUUUCGAGCAUGAUUGGCAAUCAAGCUUCAAGCAAUAUGCAAGCUCCUCAUGGGAGAGUUGUGGACCGGGUUGUGAAGCAGAUUUUCAAAUUGCAAUUCAAGGCAGACGCAAAAGAAUACUUGAAGGACGUGGUGAAGGCAUUCAUGGUCAGCCUGCUAAAAGUUGACCUUGUCGGUAAAAAUUUGGGUGAGAAAGACAUUAUGAAGACGAUUCGAAACUUGGUCCCAACAAAGUCAAGCCAAUUCGGAGAGAAGCUUCGGCGCUCCGCUUGUGAAGCCCCAGAAGGCCUCGAUUUCAAGGUGGAGAACUCGCAGAUGAAGAGGCAAGUGGAGGAGCUCAGUGACAAUGAGAUCGAGCCCGAUAAAGAUGGACUGAAGAGAUUCUACUCGCUUGUGACUCAUUUCAGUGAGAGGCUGGUAUCACACAUCCAACACAUUGCAAAUAACGAGGAGGUCAAAGUAAUCGCUCUAGAUUGGUUGAGGCGAACAGGCCUUCAAUCCGUCAUUGACGAGGGUUUCAGACCUCUGCUGGAGAUGACGCUCAAGGUCAUGACUCCUUCCUUCAUGCUCAGCUGCCAGAACUUCGCUCGCACCGAGAAAGAAUUCCCUGAUGGCUCUGCGAAGAUGAGCAUCACAGGAAAGAGUGGAGCCUUGAUCUCUGAAAUGGACAAGCAGGACGAAGGGUUCGACGGUAGUGAUGGUCUCAACAAGGAUAAGAACAAGGACGGGGUUCCAAAGAUGGACGAUGGGAGAGGAUUGGAGGAUCCAUCUCACAAGAUCAAGAUCCAGCCACCACAUGCGAGACUGGUAGACAGGGUUCUCAAGAUGGUAUUCAAGCUGCAGCUGAAGGCGGACGCCAAAGACUUCAUCAAGGAAGUUGUGAAAUGUUUCUUGAUUGGAUUCCUGAAAUCUGAAAGUCUUGGCCGCUCACUUUCAGAGAAGAACAUCCUGCGUGCUAUAAGGACCAUGGUCCCUGCCAAGGCAAGCAACUUUGGUGAGAGAUUGAGGAAGGGAUGCUGCGAGCCCCCCGAAGGGCUCGACCUGAAGAUCGAAGUCGCUCCCAUGAGGAGGCAAGUGCAGGAGCUCAGCGACUACCUGCUCGAUGGUGAUCGAGAGGGACUGAAGAGGCUGUAUGCUCUGAUUGCUCACUUCAGCGAGAGGCUCGUGCAUCACAUCCAGCAUACUGCCAACAACGAAGAGGUCAAGGUCAUCGGGCUGGAAUGGCUAAAAUCGAAACCGCUCUCGUUCGUUGCCGAUGAGGGACUGAAGCCCUUGCUCGAGAUCGCAGGCAUCGCGAUCCAGAAUGACGAGAAAGUGUCGCACGCGAUCCGCUCAGGAAUUGAAGAGAACCCGGCGAAGCGCGGGCUGAGCGAGGACGGCAUGGAAUGGAAUGAUCCAAAGCGACAGAAGCUCGACAUGGUAUCAGGCUUGAACCAGCCUAAGGACUUGACUGCCGAGGGACUUGACACGGCAGUGGAAAGCAUGGCAGAUCAUGAUGAUGGCAAUCAAAGUGGUGACGAUGGUGAGGGAGCUGCGAAUCGGGCAAAGAUGCAACAUCCGCAUGCUCGGUUGGUGGAUCGGAUGCUCCGAAUGAUCUUCAAGCUUCAGCUCAAGGCUGAUGCCAAGGAGCACAUCAAAGAGCUCACCAAGUGCUUCAUUAUCGGAUUCUUGCGUCUAGAGAUCCUUGAGAAGUCGCUGUCCGACAGGACGAUGUAUCGAGCCAUCCGGAUGCUGGUUCCUGCCAAAGCAAGCAACUUCGGAGAGAGGCUGAGGCGAGCCGGAUGCGAACAACCUGAGGGCUUCGCCUUCAAACUUGAGACGCCCCCCAUGAAGGUGCAAGUGAGUGAGCUGAGCGAAGGAACCGUCGACGGCGACAAGGAUGGCUUGAAGAGGCUGUAUGCUCUAGUCGGGCACUUCUGUGAGCGUUUGGUAUCCCAUGUCCAGCACACUGCCAACAACGAGGAGGUCAAAGUCAUAACGUUGGACUGGAUGCGUCUGAAGGCUCUAUCGCUGGUCUCGGACGAAGGUUUCAAACCGCUGCUCCGCAUGGCUGAAGUCUUCUUUUACCACUACCCCAACGGCGACUACAUGAGGGAGUUGAAAGAUGUGCUGGGAGCCAGAAGCUCGUUGAUGUUGGCUGGUGAUGACCUCCUGGAUGCGGAUGGGAAGUCGAAGCUGGAUGACGAGGGGAAGCUCGAUGAAGGAGGCCUGGACGACGGCAUGCCGGGCGAUCCCUCGUCCAAGACCUUGCCGAAGGCUCAGAUGCCUCACUCGAAGCUCGUGGACAAGGUGAUCAAGCAAACAUUCAAGCUGCAGUUGAAAGCGGAUGCCAAGGAGCAGCUGAAAGAGUUGACGAGGUCCUUCAUGUCCGGCUUUCUGAAGCAUGAAUCUCUCGAGAAGUCGCUUUCGGAGAAGAACGUUCUGCGAGCCAUUCGGACGCUAGUCCCAGCUAAGGUCAGCAUCUUCGGAGACAAGCUGAGAAAGUCGUGCUGUGACCCUCCCGAGGGUCUGGAUCUCAAGAUCGAGAUCGCUCCAAUGCGCCGGCAGAUUCACGAAUUGAGCGAUGGGGCCGUUGACGCCGACAAGGAGGGGCUGAAGCGAUGGUACGCCGUUGCCGCCUACUUCUGCGACCGCUUCGUUGCCCACCUGCAGGUUUGCGCGACCAACGAGGACGUCAAGGUUGUCCCUGCCGAGUACAUCCAGACUAGAGCCUACUGCAGCAUCACUGACGACGCGCUCAAGGCUCUGCUGGAAGUAGCGGGGGUGACGGUCGCGUAUGACGAGAGGAUCGUGAAGAAGAUGCUCUUCAUCACCGAGGAGGUCGAGAUGAAGUCAAGCCAUGUCGCUGGGGAGUGGUCAGACAACAAGAGAAGGAAAGUGGACAGUGGUCAGGAGAAUCUCGACUCAGCGGUGGGGGGCAGCUUUGAAAACCUCGAGCCGGGCUCGGACUUUGACAACCAGGCCUCGAAUGAGGUGACUCAGGGAGGAGGCGAUGCUGAAGCCGCGGGCGCAGGAGCAAGUGGUGGAGGUGCGGAGGGAGAAGGUGGAGACGGUGAGGGCGGAGACGGUGAGGAGGGAGGAGAGGGGAAGGGGAAGUCCACAGGAUCCUCGAAGCCUUUGAAUCCGCAUGCGAGACUGGUGGACAAGGUGGUCAAGAUUGUGUUCAAGCUGCAGCUCAAGGCGGAGGCGAAGGAGCUGAUCAAGGACAUGCUUCGCUCCUUCGCUGCCGGGUUUCUGCGACAAGAGACGCUCGGCAAGUCGCUGUCGGAGAAGAAUGUCUACCGAACCUUCCGCCACCUUAUCCCCAUCAAGUCGAGCUGCUACGGUGAUCGCAUGCGAAGGAGCGGCUGCGACAUCCCCGACUCUCUUGACAUCAAGGUUGAAGUAGCACCCAUGAAGAGGUUUGUGCAGGAACUGACGGGCGGACACAUGGAGCCUGGCAAGGAUGGGAUCCGAAGGCUGUACGCCGUCAUGGUCAACUUCAUCGAACGUCUUGUGCGUCACGUGCAGAAUUGUGCGAACAACGACGGGGUGAAGGUGAUCAGCAUGGAGUGGCUGCGAGACAAAGCUCUGCUGACGAUCCUCGAUGACGGCAUGUUCCCGCUCAUCUCUCUCAUGGACCCCUCCACCAUCCCCUUCCUGCGGGUCCACCCCAAGAAUGUUCCUCCCUACAUCCGCGUCGGGAAGGGGGACGACGAGCCUGACGGCAAGAAGACAGCAGAUGAGGAGGAAAAGAAGCGAGAAGAUGACAAAGAAGCUUCAAGCUCCGAGGCUGUUUAG